CCGUUACUGUGCGUUGAUGAAGGGUCACGUGCAGGGAAGUGUAGGAGUGCUCUCUCCAAGCGCACGGGCGGGCACGUUGUUCCGCUUCGUAAGGGGAUUUCUGUUUUGAAAAGUGUGGUGCGCCAGAGAGCUUGUUUUGGGUGUAGAGCUAUGUCAAUAGCACUGGCAUAGCCUAGAAGCAUACGCUCCAUCGUGCCAUUGCCGUUUUCCUUUUACGCAACACCGUAUGCGCGUGUUCCUUGUGAUUGUAAGGUCCACGGAGAGGGGGGUUCUUGUUAAAUAUGACCAAUUUAGAUUAUAAAGCCCGCGAAGGAAAUGGGUGAUGAAAUAUCACGAAUUCAAAGCCACUACCACAUACAGACGUCUGUAUUCUACCGUGGCCUACUCAUGAACAAAUCCGUCAUAACUGCGCAGUCCUUUGUGCUCAAGUGUUUUUUAAAGGCCCGGUGUGAUUUUUUUGGUCAGCAUUUUCGAUUGUUGCAGGUUCUGAUGUCCGCGGAAGAGAAUGAGUGCGACUGGUCGAACGAGCAAUCGAGACAGCGCGUGAGAUCGGGGGAGCUCGAGACCCUGUUGUCCGCGCGCACGCUGCGCUUCGUGGAACGCAUAGGAGAUCAGUACAUGUGCCCGGUCUGCAACACCGUGGUGCUGAACCCUCAUCAGGCGGGAUGCGGUCACAUCUUCUGCUACCAGUGCAUCCAAGCGCUGCUUGACAGCAAAAGCAGCCCUAAGUGCCCGUUGGACAGCAUACCCAUCAAGGCAGAGGAGGUGUUUCAAGACAACUGCUGCAAAAGAGAACUACUCAACCUGGAGGUCUACUGCACCAACGCCUCCCACUGCACCCACAAGACCACUUUAAGCCACUUGCAGGACCAUUUGAAAUGUUGCGAAUAUGAGUCGGUGCAGUGUUCAAACCAGGGCUGCACAGACGCCCUCCAACGGAAAGACCUCCAGGACCAUCUGCGAAAUGGCUGUGUGUUUCGCCUAGAGCUGUGUACCCACUGCAAAAAACCUUACACCCUGGCCCUGCUUAAGAAACAUGAGCAAUCCGUUUGUCCAGAGGCUAAAGUGGAGUGUCCCAGAAAAUGUGGUCACCUGAUUAAAAGGAAUAAGCUCCAUGAGCAUGCUGUGGAGUGUCCAGAAGAGGAGAUAGACUGCUCUUACAGAAGAUACGGCUGCAUCACCAGGGCUAAAAGAGCUGUGGUGCAGGUCCACGAAAGCACAGAGUUUAAUCAGCACGUUCUACUGGUGUUGGAGAGCAACGGGAAACUGGAGAAGCAGGUGGAAGAGCUUCAACAGGAUCUAGUGCGUAGACACAGUGUGCUCCAGAACCACAGCCUACUGGUCAGCACGCUGGACAGGGAGGUCAGCAAGUGUGACCGAACCCUCUCUGCCCUCAGUUGUUCGCUGGAGCAGCAGAGGGAGUGUGUGUCCGGGGUGCAGCAGCAGCUCCAGUCGCUGCGGUGCGUGUUGGGGCCGGAUCUGGGCCAGGAGCAGCUCCGGAGCCUCAAGGCCUCCCUGGACGCCCUCAGGCAGCGCGUGGACGCCGCAGAGCUGCUCAGGGAACACCUGGGUGUCUUGGAGCAGACGUGCCAGCGCCACAGCCGGCUUCUCUCCAUCCACGUGGAGCAGCUGCAAAGCAAUGAGGAGCGCUUCCGCCACCUGGAGACCACCGCCUACGACGGCAAGCUCAUCUGGAAGAUCCGCGAGUACCGCCGCAAGAAGGAGUCCGGCGCCGCUCUGAGCGCUCCCCCCUUCUACACUAGCCGUAGCGGCUACAAGCUAAGCGCACGAGUACAUUUGGGCGGUACGCACCUGUCCCUCUACCUGAUGCUGAUGCGUGGGGACUUCGACUCGCUGCUGCCCUGGCCCUUCCGGCAGCCCGUCUCGCUGUCCGUGCUGGACCAGAGCGGGGCGAAGAACCACACGACGGUGGGCUUCACGCCGGACCCGGAGAGCGAUAGCUUCCACCGGCCGCGCAGCGAUGCUAACAAGGCGGCCGGCUACCCGCAGUUCGUGUCGCACGCUAACCUUGAGGCGCCCCAGAAGAACGCGGUGUACGUGCGUGACGAUACGCUUUUUAUCAAGAUUCAGGUCGACACAACAGGGCUGGAAGACCUAUAGCAGAGGUUUUAUCUCUGAUAUUUUUUUAAACAUUUUGUCGUACACUGGCUUUUUAAACUUGAACGUGACCACAUUUAGGCGAUAGGCCUAUAGAGAAUUGUUUCAUUUUAAAGGUAGAGUAUGUAAUUUUCAUCACUCAUUUUCAAAAUACGUGCUGUCCAUUUCCAAAUGUGAUCAUUUCAUGAAUAUUUACUUUACUGGUCUGACCAAAGUACAGUACGUUUUGCAGCCAAAGAUGUCUAUGACUAGUAAUUCAAAAUGGCACAUAUUUAUGUAUGAAAAGUGAAUUUCCAAGCCAUUGCUGUAUGAAUACUAAUUUGAUGUUGGUAGUAAAUAUUCAUGAAAAAGAUAACUUCUAAAUGGAAACCAUAAAUUCUGGAAACAAACUACUAAAAUGUAGACUACAUACUGUACCUUUAAUUAUGAAUUGACUAAAUCACACCCUUUUCUCAAGAAUACCAAAGCAUUUUUAUGUAGCUUAAUUUAUAUGGUUGUAAUACAUUUGUUUUUAUACUGUACACAUUCACCAUUUCUCCUGUUCUUCUGUUAAAGUUGUUUGACUAUGAGAUAACCUGAACUUGAAAGCCCUUUUCAAUGUGAAUGUGAGCAGCCAACAUUUUUUAAAUAAAACAAAACACAUGAGGCGUGCAUUCUACUGAUUCAUUUGUGAAGUCUUCAGGUUCCAGUAUUCUUUUCUGUUCCACACUUUGCUACAACAAAAGUGUGUUUGUGGUAGGUGUUAGGCCUAA